AGGGAGGAAGUAUGUCUCACUUUUUGGAGGCAGAUUGUGUCUCAUUAGUUCCCCUCUGUUCAGUGUUAGGGGGGAAGACAAUAACCACUUGUGACAUCCUGUUUAAUGAGCAGAACGCAGAGGAAGGUGGGGGGCGACUGGCAGAGAGGACUGGGCGCAGUGACACAAUGAAGGGGACAUCGCAGCAGGGCAUCUUGUACUGGUACCUUCUCUGGCUGCCCAUGGCGUUUGCAGCAUCUCCUGAGGCAGAGUUAACUUGUGGAGACUGUUACCGAAUUGAUACCGUGACUCUGGUUGGGGUGAUCGUUGGAGACAUCGCAUUGACGAUUGUUAUAAUCCUGGUGGUAUACUUCUGCACGAAACAAAGCUUCAAGAAACGAGCCGAAAAUGAAGACAAGAAGGUGUACAUGAAUAUGCCGAGCAGAUAGAAAGCCCUUUUCCUCUGAGACUCCUUCUGGCUCUUGUAAAGUUUCAUUAAAUGCCUCGUUUCAUCCCCAUUCAUAAAAUUAGCUUAGAUGUUCUGAAUGUAUCUGCUACAUUGAAAAAACUGCUUGGACUUCAUCCAUUCUCCUGGAACCUAGAGGCUACAUAUCAGAUGCUGAGAAGGCUGGAAUCGGGAUAGGGACACAGAUGACCCGGCAUAGGACAUCUGUAUGUGGGUAGCGGGCAACCCCGUGUUUCACCAACUUACCACCUGUGCAUACUAAAGAAUGCCUGCUAACACACAACCAUUCUGACCUACCAGUAGAAAAUAUUUUUACCUCUCCUACAGAUGGGAAGAAAUGGACGUCAGGACAAUGGAUGUGUUGUGUUAAAUGUAAGCCCAGAUGACGAGCUGGCACAAACUUUCUAUAUAUGAGCACUAGUUAUUAACUGACCCAAAUAUAUGUACAGAACUGUGUAUCUAUCUAAGUACAGAUGGAGCCUCACUUAUCUUGCCUUCUCUGCUGCACCUAGGUGCACCAAGGCUUAUUAGCAUAAGCCUUUCAUCUAUUGUUCUCAGCUGCAAUACAAUACAGAGAGAACAAUACAGCAGGGGAUUAAGUCAUUACAGCAGGGGAUUAAGUUCGACUGGCUCAUUUAAUACUAUUAAAGGGAUAGAUGAGCAGGGCUCCUUCUGUAUUCCAUGUUAGUCAAAGUUGGAGUUUAUACGUCAUCAGACUUAAGGGCCCUACACAUUGAGCGAUCCGCCGUCGAGCUGCCUGACGGCGGAUACGACCGAUGUGUGACCCGGCGGCGGGGUGGCGGCAGUGACGGGGGGUGUGAAGUUUCUUCACUACCCCCCGUCACCCGGCUCCAUAGAAGUGCAGGCAAAUUUGGACGAGAUCGUCCACAUUGGUCUGCAUGCACAGGCGACGGGUCACCAGCGAUGAACUAGCGCGGGGCCGCGCAUCGUUCAUCGCUGGUGCCUCCACACUCGAAGAUAUGAACGGUAUCUCGUUCAUUAAUUAACAAGAUCGUUCAUAUCUUUGAGUUUUAUCGCCCAGUGUGUAGGGCCUAUCAAAGUUUAGGCCUAAACUUCAUUUCAGAAUUCAAGUUGUACUUUUCUGAAGCUUUCUACUCUCUUUCUCCUGCUAUUUCACCUGUUUUGGGAAGAGUCCUGGUCACAUAAACAGUGAUGAGGUGGAACCAUUUGAUUGCUCUUUAACCAAUUUUCCCCAAAAACAGCUUCAUGUGUGUGACCAAAACAAUUAACUUGUUCAAAGUGGUGGACGCAUUGCAGUUACCCACACAACCAGACUUUGGGUCUCAACCCCUCAAUGCGUCUGUACAGACAGGAUAAGAGUCGCUGGUGGGGAGGUGGCAAGGGUUCAAGGCUUACAGUCAGG